CGAUUCGGCGGAUGCAGGUAGGUGCAGACGAGGAAAGCAAACAAGAGUAAUUGAUGCAGUGUCGAUAACGCUAGGCUUUCAAUGCGCAAUGUGAAUCUCAUUUUGCUGUUUCGACUUGCUGUUCUUCGUGAAUGUCUCUUUGUUGUCAGUAUGCUGUCCGUGGACAGAUCGUAAUGAAAGCCGAUGAAGUAAGUGCGUUGGCCCGUAUAUGUGAAAGCAUCUUCUACGAUUCAUGCGAUAGUCACAGACAAAUCCUGGUUUGUGGACUAGUACCUUUGCCUGCACCUUAAUUGUCGUUGUCGCCUAUGCUUGUUCUUCUGCUCCMCUAUUCUCCGUUCGUCACGAAUUCAAUUUAUAGCUUCAGCAGCAGGGUAGAGAUAUUAUAUUCACGAAUAUUGGUAUGUAUGGAAAUUUGCGAACAUGGCUUAAUCAGUGUAGUUUUUGAUCUGAACAUUUUCGCUGCAGUACUAACGAAGUGAGUGAACUUGGUUCUUUUCCUUUGAAGGAAACCCCCACUCGGUCGGUCAACAACCUAUUACCUUCUUUCGGCAGGUCUUGGCCCUCACGGACCUCAACGAAGCAGACGGAAUACAUCAUCCCAAUGUUGGGCGCAUGUUUCCGGCCGAUGUGAUAGAACGCGCUAAAAGCAUUCGACGCAUGUUGGACGGGUCGGGCACCGGGGCCUACACCGGAUCCCAGGGCGCUCUCGGCUUCCGCAAAGACGUAUCCAAAUUCAUCGAGGAUCGAGACGGCCAUCCUGCCUACCCGGGGAAUAUUUUUCUAUCGAACGGUGCCAGUUCGGCCAUAGAAUCGGUCCUGACAACCAUCAUGUCGACGGAGUUGUGCGGGGGUGAGUGAACUGUAUACAACGACUCGAAUUGCUUGUGCAGGCUUGCAUGAAAAUGGUGCUGACGUUUCUUUUCGCCUGAAAAAUUACAAUCGACUCUCUUACCUUUCACUUUUAUUCCUCUGCGUGCCUCUGGGAACGAUUAUCCACAUUCUACUACAGUGAUGGUGCCAAUUCCUCAGUAUCCCUUGUAUUCGGCUCUGAUCGCUAAGUUGACUGGGACGCAGGUCAAUUACCAUCUCGACGAAGAAAGCAAUUGGGCAGCUUCCAAAGAAACACUCGAAGAGGUAUUAAAUAAUGCCCGAUUGGACGGCGUCGUAGUGAAGGGGCUCGUAUUGAUCAAUCCAGGUGCGUGAAGGCAUCGAUAUUCUCCCUCCGUCCGCUCAAGCUGUUCUUGCUCAAGCUGUUCUUGCUUAAGCUGUUCUUAGAGCUUUUCCUUCCUCCUCUGGAUGCAGAUAAAGAGAGUUUGUCUGUUCUUUUUCCUGAAGUAAGUUCGAAGUAUACCCUUACAUUCUUGUUGUUUACUCGCUUAUUUCCGGCUUACCACAGGAAACCCCACGGGUCAAGUAUUGAGUCGCCAAGAACUCGAAGUCAUCUGCAAGGUACGCUUCCAGUCCGUGCUAUUUAACACUUUUCCAUUCGUGCUUUCAAUUCUUUUUUGUGUUUGUAUGAGAAAAUGAACCAACAGUUUAGUAGCCUAACAGAAAAACGAUACCCUUCAAACUUACUCGCCCCGCCCUCGUCGUUCCGCUCAGUUUUGUGCCGAUAACGGAAUUGUCCUACUGGCCGACGAAGUCUACCAAAAAAACGUAUACGAUCCCAACAAAGAAUUCUUGAGUGCCAAGAAGGUGGCUCUCGAGGUACGUUUUUCGAACAUCAGAUGCUCGAAAAGACAGAAGCUAUCUACUUCGCUUAUCUCAGCGUUCUAUCGAACUGUUUUCACUCAUUGUUUUUGCUCUCGGUUUUUCACUGCUCAUAGACCCCAGGUUGCGAAGAUUUACA